CCAUCCAUGGAGAUUUGCAUGUUUUAUUUUGGUGUUUUGUUGUUGAUGUCAAGCUACUUAUCCCUCACCUCUUCCACAUCACACUUCAAUCUCACCACCGAUCAAUACGCUCUCACUAUUUUGAAAAACUCCUUUGUUUCCGAUCCUAAUGCCAUCUUGCAUAAAAAUUGGUCAAUUCACACUCCCAUUUGUGGAUGGAUUGGUGUGUCUUGUGGCAUCAAACACCAAAGGGUUACUGCCCUAAACCUCUCAAGCUUCGAGCUCCAAGGCACCAUCCCUCUGCAUCUUGGAAACUUAACGUUUCUUCGGGUUUUAGACAUCAGCUCCAACAGUUUCACGGGCGUCUUGCCAUCUGAGCUGUCUAAGCUGCGACGUUUAGAACUGAUAAACGUCGCAGCUAACAACUUCACCGGAGAGAUACCACCAUGGUUCGGAGCCUUAUCCCAGCUCCGACACGUGGAUUUGAACAACAACAGCUUCUCCGGCAGAAUCCCUUCUUCUUUAUUCAAUAUUUCGAGGCUUCAGAGUCUGAAUAUGAGCCUCAAUCUUCUCGAUGGAAGCAUCCCAAACAACAUAUGCAAUAUUACUUCAAGAUUAAGAGAAUUCAAUGCCUAUAAGAACCAACUUGAAGGGGAAAUUCCAAGAAAUAUAGGCAAAUGCAAAGAGCUUGAGGUGCUGCAAUUGCAAAACAAUAGUUUCAACGGCGAUAUACCGAGUGAAAUUGGAAGUUUGAGUAUGCUCAAGAUUUUGUAUCUAGGGGAAAACGAAUUCAAAGGUGGAAUACCAGAGCAAUUUGGCAACCUCACUUCUCUGAGAGUGCUACACCUUGGGUAUAAUCACUUGACAGGUGGAAUAUCAAAGCAAGUUGGGAAUCUCACUUCUCUGAUAAAGCUAGUCCUUGCAGAUAAUCACUUCACAGGCAUGUGUUAGUUGAAUAAAUAUAAUAUUGCUUCUCUUCACUAUAAUCUGAC